CCAGUGAGUUAGUGGCGUUGGGCGAGAUUGCACGUAAUUUUUAUGUCUCCUUCUUACGAGUGAACAAUAACAAUUUCGGCGACAUAAAGCCAGGAUUUUAUUCCACUGCCUUUGGAAAGAAACGAAAUAGGAGAUAGAUGGUGACUUUAUUGCUCCUACUGAUAUAGUGCCAUUUCAUUGCGUUCAGUGGUGGUUUUGCCGAACUAAAGUGUCAUUUUCCGUAUCCGGUGUUGUAGCCCAGUUUUCAUAAAGACUUUUGCAUGUACCAAUACCAAUGCUCGAUUCAUUCGUCAACUUUUUGGACCUCACCUCCGCUAUUCUAAAACAUUACUCUACAAACACGAUCAUGAUGGGAAAAGAAAAGUAGUCGUGGCUGUGUAGCAGACGCACUGUUGUAAUAAUAAGAAGCAGUAGCAAAAGUUACUUUGUGCACUGCCUUCUUAACUGAACCAUUAAGCUGAACAGGAAAGAAAAGAGUUUGCUGGUUUGGACUCAAAGCAAAGCAAAGUCAGUGAGCAUAUCUGAUUUUGGAGCGUGUUCUUCUAAUCUUCUUGGCCAAGUGUUCAACAGUUACUUAUAUUCACGUCGCAAUUUAAUAGUUCACCUUCCAAUACUGUGCUUCGUCCGGUGGUAGCGUGGUAAACAUUAGCAGGGUGCCAGUAUUUUACCACCACAACUACGAUGCAUUUAUGAUCCUAGUCAGCAGCAUAGUUCACAAUCGUAGUACAAGUGGUAGGAGUGAGUAGUGUGGUGACUAAUAAUUAUAAUAAAUAAAUGUUGUUCCUAGUCGCAAGUCCCCCAUAUCGUUGUCCUAAACAGCAACACGUCUCAUUCUUCACGUCUCAAUUUUACCAGCACAAGCCAUGCCAGUGCAGUUCAACACAGUGUCAGUAGAACAAUAGAUUUCGUCGAGUCAAGUACACGCAGAAUAGCACUAUUUUUCUAGCGCACUAUAUAUUUAUGUACCGUUUACUUCCAUUUCCAUCCAUUUAUAAUUCCUCUUGAUCUGAAUAUCAUCACAUCGCUCACAUUAUUCAACUUGUUUAUUGUCAGUCACACAGCCAACACCAACCACUCCACUGUUACUUAUCUCACGGGUUAACUCAAGUCAUGUAAAGACAGGCAGUUGUAGCUGGUGGUGUACGUUUCAUGAAUUACUUACAUGGAGGAAGAAUGCGGCAUGUGAAAUCGUCGCAGUUUUAAUCGAGCCCUUUACCCGUCAAGUCGUUACUCUCUUCGUCAUGAUAACAGCGUUAAAGAUUUUUAUCAAGAAUACGGAAAGUCUCCUACCGUUUAUACUUUUUACAUCAUGAGCAAACCCUGCUCCCACUAGGCAAGUCGAAGCCAAAACUAGGAAAGAAGGAAACCUAUAAAGCUUCUUCUUCCAUGCAUGGCACGCGACGAUUAACCUCUUGAGGAGAACAAGCAACGAUAAAUUAAACAUUUUUGGUGGUCCCGAUACUCGUGAUGAUGAAAAAUAUCCUAAACCGGCAGUUCUCCCCUAAUUUUCGAUGAAGAAAUUAUUGUUUUCUUUGUUCUAAAUGUGCUGUGCCCUUGUUAGUUAGCAUUAUAUUUCCGCUCUUUUCUACUGCAAUGCCGUGAUGUGAAAGAAGUUAAAACCCACCGGAACUGAAAGUGCAGAGAAUAUGCAGUAGAGUGGUACAGGUGACUUUAAAAGUUCACUAACAGCGUGAAGUUAAUAUGUGUAGUGAUUAAGAUGAUUAAUGGUAACGGUGCUGUGAUUACAAGUUGUUGCUUUUCCAGACCAACAAGUCAAUUACUACUUUGAAAAACGAUAAUGAUUACUUUUUAAACUAGCAAGAAUAGUCUAAAUAAAGUCUUAAUUCCUCGUCGUCCAUGAAAGUAUUACUUCAAGUUGCUGAGAAUAACUGAUUGUUUCACGAGGACUACUUACUACCACCACCACUUGUAGUGUUCUUGUAAUUGGUGGUCUAAGCAACCCACAACAAUCAACGCCUAGUCCAUUCUUCUAUUCAGACACACGCCACUUCUUCUUGUUCGUUCGUGUCGCAGUCGUUAUGAUGAACACAUUGUCCUCCUUGAGUUGUGGAAAUGUUCUCAUUUUCAAAUCCAAAGGCAGGAGACCCCGACUGAAAAGUACGGACGAUCAGUCUUCCUCCUCCUCGUCUAGUUCGAAUCGCUUCAUCAAUAGAGCGAAUGCUGCUGCAGAAAAUAAUGAUGCGGCCAAUGCAAUGACCGCAGCGGGUGGUGAGAGGGAAGGGUCACAGUUCAAAUCAAAUCACCUCCGAGGCUCUGGAAAUCCUUCGUCCGUUGGGAACAACAUUAUGCAAUCGUCUAACCCCAAUGGUUCAAAUGGUGCUUCAAGUGGUGGUGGUCCAUCCUCAGGAGUCUUCACCCGAGCGUCCCUUCUCAAUAAUCCACAAUGCAACAUCAGAUUCAGUGGUCACACACUCGACAAAGCAACCAAAGCAAAAGUCACACUCGAAAAUUAUUACAGCAACCUCAUCGCCCAACAUGCCGAGCGACAACAGCGUCUUGCCCGUCUUGAGGAGAGUAUGAGGGGGUUGACCGAGGAGCAGAAGGAACAAAAAAGGAAUCAGCAUAAUCAAAGGGAGACAGAGUUCUUACGGUUGAAACGAGCCAGGUUGGGGGUUGAGGAUUUCGAACCACUCAAAGUGAUUGGAAGAGGAGCUUUUGGGGAGGUGAGACUCGUUCAGAAAAAGGACACGGGCCACGUUUACGCCAUGAAGAUUCUGAGGAAAGCGGACAUGUUGGAGAAAGAACAGGUCGCUCACGUUCGGGCAGAGAGGGACAUUCUGGUUGAAGCGGACCAUCAAUGGGUAGUCAAGAUGUAUUAUAGUUUCCAAGAUGUGCAAAAUCUCUACUUGAUCAUGGAGUUUUUACCUGGUGGAGACAUGAUGACCCUUCUCAUGAAGAAAGACACACUUACGGAAGAGUGUACCCAGUUCUACAUUGCGGAAACGGCACUCGCCAUCCAUUCCAUUCAUCGACUUGGAUUCAUUCAUCGUGAUAUUAAGCCAGACAAUUUACUUCUGGACGCGAGGGGUCACAUCAAGCUGUCCGACUUUGGACUCUGUACCGGACUCAAAAAGUCUCACCGAACCGAAUUCUACCGAGAUCUGAGUCAAGCCAAACCAUCCGACUUUGCGGGGAAUUGGCAAGUGGACAGCAAGAGGAGGGCGGAGAGUUGGAAGAAAAAUCGGAGAGCGUUGGCUUACAGCACGGUUGGAACGCCUGACUACAUCGCACCUGAAGUAUUUCUUAACGGAAUCGCUUCGGCUGAUGGAAGCAGGAUUCUACAAACGGGAUAUGGAUCCGCGUGCGAUUGGUGGAGUUUAGGCGUCAUAAUGUAUGAGAUGCUAAUAGGAUAUCCAAUUUUCUGCUCGGAAAAUCCUCAAGAGACAUACCGAAAGGUGAUGGCAUGGCGUGACACUCUCAGCUUUCCACCUGAAUCACCAAUCUCAGAAGAAGCCAAAAAUGCGAUAAACAGGUUUUGCUGUGAAGCAGACAAAAGAAUGGGAAGUCAGCAUGGCAUUGAAGACCUUAAAACUAUCCCAUUCUUCAAGGGCGUAGAUUGGGAACACAUUCGCGAAAGGCCGGCUGCGAUUCCUGUUACCGUCAAGUCAAUAGAUGAUACGUCAAAUUUUGACGACUUCCCUGACGUCGACUUAAAAAUUCCUGCACCUUCCAAAGAUUCUAAAGACGGAGAACCCACGUACAAUGACUGGGUUUUCAUCAACUACACAUUCAAGCGGUUUGAGGGCCUUACUCAACGAGGACCUAUACCUAAGACGAAAUAAAGAAUAGAACAUUAAUUGGAUUCUCUAAUCCAUCUAUCAAUAUCCUGGAUCACCAACCAAAGAAUAAUAGCCUUGUACUCAUGUUCGAUCUUUGCCUCCUCAGUUAAUUUAUCAUCAAUAUUAUAACAAAUUCUAUGAUACAUAUGGGACAUCGUAUUUUAAUAACGCAAUGAUGGUGAUGAUCUUAAGCUAAAACUCGUACAACGUAUCCGACGCGCUAUGUAAACCACUGACAAAAAAGCAUCAUGUGUUGCGAUGUGCUGAAGUGGUGGAGAAUUUCCAAAGAGAACUUUACUUUGAAUUUUUUAAUGUAAUGUUUUAAUGUUGUAUUACACUUCGCUGAAACCGGUGGUGUGUAACUGGAACCACAAAAUGAGUCAGUAGUAGAAUGUGAUCAUUUUAAACUAAUUGUCCCCUUUAAAAAAGAGAAACAAACAUGGGACUCAUUGUUCUUGCUUGUUCACUGAGUAAGAUCAUGUUCAGUGGGGACUUGAGUGGUUAGGUGAGAGUAAGCAUUUUUGUUGAGUUGAGUGGGUUAGGGCAACCUGUUCUCAAUGUUCAAUUUCACAAUGAUUUCCUUUAAAGCAGUAUUUCGUUUCGUAAUUAUCAGUUGUAUGACAUUGGCUUUUAUGUACAUUACUUGUUAACACUACUUGAGUCUCGGUCGCUAUUAAACUUAGGGUUGUGUUUUUUUAGUUAAGUGUUAACGCUCGACUAUGUAUGAAUUAAACAAAAGUUUUGUGUGAUUCCUAUAAUUCACCGCGCAGUGUAGUAAUAUAGAGCAUAUAACAAAGCAGAUUCAUAAAAUGAAUGAACUAUAAAGGAUAUAAUUUUACCAUCGAUAAUUUGUAACAGGUGAAAAAAUAAGACAGUAAACAUAACAUUUAUCUACUCGUGAAAAUAAAUGAGUGGCCAUGAAACACGA